CAUUAAUUAAAGUUUACAUUAUUACGUUUAUAAAUCAUUACACAUAAAGAGCUUCAAUAUGAUGGCUUCGGUGCAAUCUGUCUCCGGUGAAAGUGCAAAACUCCUAAAACCUGUCAAAACCAAGCUUCGCUUCAAGAAGGAAGACAUCCGCCAGUGUCGCCUCUGUAUGCGGGUUCUUCCUCGAGCGGACAUACAUGACACCACGACACCCGGAUCGGAUCUUCGCCGGAAGAUCCUGGACGCUGUAGCAGUGAAAAUAACCUCCUUCGAUAAAGUAACAUCUGUGUGCAUCAACUGUAUAAUGAUGGUGGAUAUAAUCAACGAUUUCUGGAUGACCUGUAGGAAGGCUGAUACGCUGCACGGGACGAAACUGCUGAUGAUGCAUCCCGGCAACUGGCUGAGCGAUGAGAACAAGCUGACAUUGGUCGCGUGUCAUCGGUUGGCUAAGCGCAAUCGAGCCGAAAUGGAUGCACUGUUCAGGUGUUCUGGCUUGGGUAACGGGGACAUCCAUCGGUUGACCACAGGAGAGGAAAUGUUGCUGGAACCGAAGAAGGAUCCGACGUUGAAUGUUGAACGAGUUGAUUUAGCGGUAAGGGUGGUAACAGUCAAACCAAACGAAGAUAAAGUGGAAAUCAAUACUGAAGAGAUCAUAGACAGUGAUCCGGAAAUGAGUGAGCAGUGUGGAAGAAAGCUGGAUGCACAAGUCGAAGAGGCCAACCGGAGAGUGGUGGCGAGAAAGGAGGCCAACCUGCAUAUGUGUGAGAUGUGCGGAAAAUUGGUGCAGAAAAUGUACAUGGAGCAGCACUUGAAUAUGCACGUGGGCCAGAAGCCGUACGAAUGUCCCGAGGAAAACUGUACCAAAAGAUUCAGCUCCAAUCUGGUGAAGAAUAUGCACGUUAGCAAUGUCCAUAAGAAUGUGAAAAAGCGGUUCGAGUGCGAAACGUGCCACAAGUCGAUAAAGGGCCUGCCAUUUUACAAUCAGCAUCUCCAGACUCACCUAGCGACCAAUUCACUGAAGGUGCCGUGUAACGUUUGUGGGAAGACGUUUUACAAGCACUACCUCAGGGACCACAUGUUCGUCCAUACGGGUGAGAUGCCAUACAAGUGUGAGUAUUGCGGUCGGAAGUUCGCUGCCAGGAACAAUUGGGCGGUACACAGGAGGAAGCAACAUUCGGACAAACUGGAGAUUCCAGGAUAAUGGAAUGCUGGUGAUGUAAUUAGAACCGUUGUA